GUCGUCGUGCAUUUCAGUUUUGUGUUGUUAUCACUCUGCCAGUGAGUCGUCGUCGCGUUUGGCGUUGCGAGCAAAAUUUUGUGAAAAUUCCCAUGAAAUAGCGUGCAUUUUUGAGGAAAAACUACCGGGCAAUCUCCAGCAAAGCACGAUGGCCCUCCGCGCACAGUUCGAGAACAAUGACGAUAUUGGCGUGUUUAGUAAAUUGACAAAUUCCUACUGCUUGGUGGCGAUAGGCGGAUCGGAAGCCUUCUACAGUGUCUUCGAAUCAGAACUUGCCGAGACGAUUCCGGUAGUGCACGCCAGUAUAGCCGGGUGCCGAAUCAUUGGCCGUCUUUCGGUGGCAAACAAGAACGGUCUCAUCGUACCCGGCAGCACCACAGACGUCGAACUGCAGCACCUACGGAACUCGCUUCCAGACUCGGUCAAAAUUCAGCGCGUCGAGGAGCGUCUGUCGGCGCUGGGAAAUGUUAUCGCUUGCAAUGAUUAUGUCGCAUUGGUUCAUCCGGAUAUUGACCGAGAAACGGAGGAAAUUGUAGGCGAUGUCCUCGGAGUGGAAGUGUACCGACAAACGCUGGCAAACAACGUGCUGGUGGGAGCUUACUCGGUGCUGAGCAAUCAGGGUGGCUUGGUCCAUCCGAAAACACCUACCUCAGAGCUGGAUGAGUUGGCGUCGCUUCUGCAGAUUCCACUGGUGGCUGGCACAGUCAACCGCGGCUCGGAAGUGCUCGCUGGUGGAGUGGUCGUUAACGAUUGGUGCGCUUUCUGCGGCAUGAGUACGACUUCCACGGAGCUGUCGGUGGUGGAAAGCGUCUUCAAACUGAACGAAGCCCAACCGGCCGGAGUGACGAACAAUUUACGAGCAUCUUUGAUCGAGGCAAUGUCGUAAGGAACACGAUCACAAUGCAUCUAAAUUAAAAGGUGGGUAAAAUUAAACUUUAUUUGUUACUGCAACAGCCAGCAAGGAACGCAAAAAUAUAUAUAUGGAAAGGCAUACAAUUCAUUAUGUGUACAAUCUAUAUCCUACUCCAAUGGACGAUUCGUUAAAAUAUACGAAUUCCUUAUGAUUA